AUGGACUCUGUGACCAAAGAGAAGAUGAGUGCGAUCAUGAAAAGCAAAGAUGGUGUAAACAACAAAUUGGAGAAGAUCUUGGCAUUGCUCACCCUUGCCAACCUGGCCUAUGGGCUGAUGCUCAAGCCUGACUCCUUACAUGUCCACCCUCACAACAGAGGAUCUCAGAUGGUCAAUGCCUUUGACUGCCACAAGAAGGGGCAGGCCAUCCUCUCUGCUGGAUUGAAGCCAGACCUUUUGGGCCCUUCUUCUAUCUGCAUAGAAAUGUCGAGCCACACAGAUACCUGGAUGAAGCAACAAGAAGCCAACAUCAACAUGUGUGCAGCAUCAGAAGGACUGUUGCCAGUGCCCACUGGCUCAGAGCGAUAUCUUACACUUGGCAAUUCUCACUUCAUCAUGUUCCUCAAGGCUCUACAAGGACAAUGCUUGUCUCCUACAGGUGAAAGACUUCAUGUACCAGCAGAGUUGGAAAGCCUAAUUGCCUCAGGCUGGAAGUGGACUGUGAUCAGCAACACGGUCGAAGCAGAGUUUCCUCAGUUUCCUUCCUUCUGCCAAGCAGCACUUAAUUCAGUGAACUCGAACAACACUGCUACCUGUGAACUGGAAGCAAUGCUUCAGUUGGCAAACUAUGUCAAAGCAGGCAUGACUAUGCAAGGCGCAAUUGAGGCUGUCCAAGCUGCCCAGCCAACCUGUGGCAAAUACAUUACAGACAUAGCUCAAUUUUUGUCAUUGUACACAGGAGGGCAUGGAUUCCCAUUGCUCACUCAACUCAGCCAGUUUUGCAAAAGGCUGGGGCCUUCAUUGAUGAUCGGUGAAGAAAUGAUGAGCCAGCUGACCUUUUUUGACUUCAAGGUUGAAGGCAAUCCUUUGAUGAUGUGCAGGGUGGCCUUGCUACAUGCAAUCUUGUCAUCAACUAAAUCAGUGGAUGGCUAUUCCAGGCUUAUAUUCAAGUCUGACCUUGACAAAAUGAAAGGCUCCCUCAACAAGAAGGCAGUGGAGGUGGAACAAAUGCUCAGGGAUGCUUGGGCCAAGUGCGCAUCUCAUACCAAGGGUGGAUUUGCUUUUGGCAAAUUGUGCACAAGAAUGGUGCUCUUGCUGCUGGGCAAACAGAAGCACAGCAGAGACCACAAGGAGGUGGAGUCCUAUGAAGAGAUCAUAGAAAUGUUUGGGGAAGAGCUGGCUGGGAUUGAGGCUAGUGGUGCCACAGCCAAGCCUGAAGGCCCAGAAGCCUCCACCAAAGUCACUGACUUGCUACAAGCAACAGCUGCCGAAGUUGCCCAACUCCAACAUAAGCACAUCAAGGUUGGUUCCAGGUAUUGCAACAAAGAAUAUGGAGACAUUGUAUUCAUUCUGGAGAGCAUUGAUGAGAAGCAUUGCACAUUCAAACAUGUACCUCUUUUCGAAGCUCCCAUGAUGGUGACAGUUGAGUUUGGAGAUUUGAAAGUUUGGAAGCCAACCAAGAGGGAAUGUCCUAUUGGAUGCCCUGUCGACGUGGCUUUAGGGAAGAUGCUGGGUGGGCACAUUCCAUGGAUCAAAGUCGACUUGGUCAAAAGCUCCUUGCAAAAGAUCAUCAAUGAGGCAUACAUUGAGAAUGUCCAAGCAGUGAAGGAUGCUGUGCAGUUUACUUUGCAUCCCACUUUGCUGUACACCAAAAAGGGCUUCAAAGAAGGCAAGCUCCAACUGUAUCCAGUUGGUGUGGUACAUCUUCUCAAGAGUGAAGAGAAACCCAAAGGAGUCAAGCUGUCCUUCCAAGGGUAUGAAUUCCAGCUCCUGGCAUACAAGGCCUUGCAUGAGUUUGAACAGGAGAAGCAGGGCAGUUUGGUUGCUUACAAUUGGGUGCAGACCACAGACAAGCUGGACCUAAUCAACAUGGAAGAGAAUCUAAGAAUGUGA